CGACCAAGUUACGAGUCGUAUUUGAUGCCUCAUGUAGAUCUAGCAACGGCAGGUCACUGAACGACGCAACCUUGGUUGGUCCAACGUUGCAGCCUGAUCUGUUCGAGACUUUGACCAGGUUCCGUUUCUAUAGAUACGCCCUUACGGCCGACAUAAAGAAAAUGUACCGUCAAAUAUUGGUUGCGGAACCACAUAGAAACUAUCAAUGCAUUCUAUGGCGAUGCAACGUUUCGGAUCGUAUCCAGGUGCUACGCCUAAACACGGUCACUUAUGGAACAAAUUCGGCGCCGUUCCUGGCAGUACGUUGCCUCUAUUACUUGGUCGAUAGGUACGCGGAAAAAUUUCCGUUAGCUAGAGAGGCAGUAAAGCGAAGUUUCUAUAUGGAUGAUAUGCUGUGUGGAGCCGAAUCAAAAGAGGAACUGACAAAGUUGAAAGAACAAGUGACCGAAUUAUUAGGGCUAGGAAAGUUCGAGCUGCACAAAUGGCGCAGCAAUUAUCAAGGAAUGGACAACAACACCAGCCUAGAGCCCCUGAUGCUAAAAACAGAGGACGCAGCUAAAACUUUGGGGAUAUAUUGGUCAAGUCUAGAGGACAAAUUCCAAUUUUGCUUUAACAUAAAGGUCUCCGCAAUCGCCACGAAGCGAUCAGUGCUGUCCGAAUUGGCUCAGGUGUUUGAUCCGUUAGGGUUCUUGAGUCCCUUGCUGAUCUUGGGCAAGAUCUUUGUUCAGGAACUUUGGCUUCUAAAGCAGGAUUGGGACGAGGAGUUACCAGCAAGCUACGCAACUCAAUGGCUUCGAUAUAGAGAAGAACUGAAACUAAUUGACAAGUUUUCAAUUCCGCGAUCCUCAAUUCCAAUUACGGCCGACCCAUGCACUUUGCAACUGUUUGGUUUCUCUGACGCAUCCAACAGAGCUUACGGCGGCGUAAUUUAUGCUCGUGUUAGGGAUGAAGGGGGAGGAAUUUCGGAGCGACUGGUUACGGCCAAGUCCAAAGUAGCCCCAGUUGGGGUAACAUCUUAGUAACACGCUUAGAGUUACAUGGGGCAUUGUUAGUGGCCAAGCUAAUGGCAAAGGUAUGCGCCUGUCUUCACAUACCAGUAGAGAAGGUUAACUAUUUCACGGACUCCACAAUUGUGUUAAAUUGGCUGUCGUCACAUGCUAGUCGAUGGACCACCUUCGUUGCCAAUAGGGUGGCUCAAAUACAAGAGCUCACACAUGUACAGGAUUGGUUCAAGGUCGACACCAAAUCAAACCCUGCAGAUAUUGUAUCUAGGGGAUUAUUGGUAACCGAAUUGAGCAACGGUCCAGAAUUUUUAAUGGACGCAGCAGAUGACUGUACCAAAUUUAAUUGGAGUGAGGAAAUACAAACAGUUCCAGAGGAGAGGAAAUGUAAGUUCUCGCUGACAGUUGGAAAGGUAGAAAGUAAUGAGAAGUUAGAUGUCGUGGGGAGAUGCAAAUUUGCAAAUGAUUUCCUCAAAUUGCAGCGAGUUUUUAGCUAUAUUUUUCGCUGGCGUAGAAUAUCGUUGAGAUCAAACUCAAAUGAAACAGACAACCUUACUGCAGCUGAAAUGGAGGGCGGAUUGCGCUAUAUUGUAUAUAAUGUGCAGCAGUUGAGCUUGCAUGAGGAAUUCAUUAAGCUUAAAGAGGGAAAGGUGAUCAAAUCAGCGAGAAUUCAGAGUUUAAGCCCGUUUUUACAAGAGGAAGAGGGAAUAACUAUUAUUCGAGUCGGCGGAAGGUUGUCCAAUGCCGAAUUGCCAUUUGACACAAGGCUUCCCAUCUUAAUGCCGAGCAACCAUAAAGUGGUAGAGGCGCUUGUUGAACUCACACAUCGAAAGAAUUGACAUGCCGGGGCACAAUCGCUAUGUGCCUUUUUGCGACAGAGAUAUUGGGUAAUCAAUUGCAGGAAACUUGCCCGCAGGGUGAUCCGUGGCUGCAUACCAUGCUUUCGUCGUCGGCCGCUCGCUGCAACACAGCUGAUGGGAGCGCUGCCAGCUAACCGAGUGCGAGGCAAUAUCUACCCCUUCGAGCGCGCUGGACUGGACUUUGCUGGACCAAUAUGGAUGCACUUUCACAUGCGAGAAAAACGCCCAGUAAAGGUGUAUCUGUGCAUAUUUGUAUGCUUUGCAACAAAGGCCUGCCAUAUAGAGAUAGUGUCGGACUUAAGCUCAAAUGCGUUCAUCGCGGCGCUAAAACGGUUCUUUGCAAGACGUGGAUUGAGUUCUGACCUAUAUUGCGACAACGCCACCAAUUUUGUAGGUGCGUCACGAGAGCUCAACAGAGCUUUCGACUCGCCAAGUCAGAAGCUCAUUGACGACGAAUGCAGCCAGCGAGGAGUCAGGUUUCACUUCAUCCCCCCACGCUCCCCUCACUUUGGAGGAUUAUGGAAGAGCGCCGUGAAGGUGGCCAAACAGCUGCUGGUGAAAUGCACCAACAGCACAGCACUUAACUACGAAGAUCUUGCGACUGCCAUCACACAA